UGAUUUCCUAGUCAUGGGAGAGGAUUGUUACUACGCGUUUUUUAAGUGAUGUAAGCCUUGAGGAAAAUACAGUUUGUUGACUAUUAACAGUGGCUCUUAUUAAAACUGGAUUUUUUAAAUAAAUACAUAGUGAACCCCAAACGUUGUUUAUAUUAUACCGGUCAGUGUUUUCCUUCCGGAGUAAACCGAGUAGGACAUCCUUUCAAUAAUGACAGGUGAAGUGACUGUGGAAGUAGGAGGGCUCAAGCUUCACUGAAAUUGCUUCCACCAAAAAGGUAUGAUACUGUGCCUUUCCCCGAAAAAAGUCCCAAAGUGGAUACUGGCGACUUACCAUCAUGUCAGGCACAACCAUAACGGGUUAAUUAAAGCCUUGACUGAAAGCAAUGGAAUCAUUCUCCAGUCGCUGUCUACAGAUAUUUACCUCAAUUUAGCUGCAGAAAACUGGCUCCACGAGACACUCUUGUUUGACAAAAAGCAACCGCCUGCUCUGUUCCUCUGGAGGAAUUCAGCAACUGUGGUCAUUGGACGCCAUCAAAAUCCCUGGCAGGAGUGUAAUCUGCAGCUAAUGAGAGACAACAGUAUACGGUUAGCGAGAAGAAAGAGUGGAGGAGGAGCAGUGUACCACGACCUGGGUAAUAUCAAUCUGACUUUCUUCACCUCUAAACAAAGCCACAACCGCUUAGCUAACCUGACAUUGAUCACUCGUGCCCUGAAAGCUGUUCGCCCCCACCUUAAUAUAACCGUGUCAGAGAGGCAUGAUUUGUUACUGAACGGCUCCUGGAAGAUUUCUGGCACAGCAGCAAAACUUGGAAGAAUGGCUUCCUACCAUCACUGCACCCUACUCUGUAACGCCGACCGAGGCCUGCUUUCAGCUGUCCUGAAGAGUCCGUUUGGCUGUGACAUCCAGUCCAAUGCCACGGCCAGUGUGUCUGCUUCAGUAAAGAAUCUGUGCGAGGUGGAUGACACAUUGACUCCUGAACUACUCAUGGGUGCAAUUGCAGCGGAAUUCGCCAGGCAACACCGCUUACAUCCCCGGAUUCAGCUGAUUGACCCAGCGGACGAAAGUGCUCUGCCAGGAGUGGGCAGCAAAGCGGCCGAGCUGAGGAGCUGGGAGUGGGUGUAUGGUAGAACCCCUGUUUUUAGUAUUAACUGUUGUUUUGAUGUAGGAAGUGAGAAAACUCCAAAUGAAAUACAGCUGAAUGUAACUGUAAAAGGUGGCAGGAUCGAGUCCUGUAGCAUCACUUCAUCCAAAGAUUGGCUACCUUUUGAAACAUGCCAGUACUUAUCUGCGAAUCUCGUUGGCAGUAAAUUUUGCCCUAUUGAAACCAAAUUGUUGGUUAGCGCGUUAAUGAGGAUAUACCCACAAGACUUUGAACUUCGGAGUAGGUGCAGUACUUUAUGUGAAAAAAUGAUAGAAGUGAUGUAACCGCCGACAGCAUAGAUCAGCAAGAACACUGCAGCCCUUUUCAUUCAAGAAGCUGGUGCUAUGUUUUAAUUUAACAGGUUCAUAGGUUGUAUCGGGAUCAUUAUCCAAUCCUGAUAUUUCUACAAAUGUGGGAAGGCAAAGUUAUUCAUUUGCAACAGUGCUGGCAGUACUAUAUUAUAACUGCCGUGUAACAUCCAGGACCAUGGCCCGCCUUGGGUUAAUUGGAACCGUACCACGACGACUUUCUGGUAUCCCCCUCCCAAAAUAAAUAAAUAAAAAAAAUAAUAACCUCUUGGGAGUCUUACACGCUUUCCUUCUCCCACUUGCUUGCUGGCACAUGCACAUCAAGCUAACAACAAACUAUUUUUAGAGUAAGUUUAACUAGUACAGUAAGAAGCAAGCAAUUACAUUGGUAAACGUUCAGCUCUUAAUGAAAUGUUUUAACUUUGGUAGAAAUUACAUUAGUAACUGUUUUCAGCCUCAACGGGUGAUGUAAGCCGAAAGAGUAGUAUAACAAACGUGUAAUUAACAGAAGUGUAACU